AUGGAAGGAGGUUCUGAGUUUAAACUCUAUAGCGAGGAUGACUCUCUGAAUCAGUCUCAGCCCGGCAAUAACAUCUUCGAGGAUGACGCUGUUUUCAUGGUCAACAUGUUUCUGGGAGGAGGAGGCGGUAUGGAUGGAGAGACUGGAGCGGGUGCUGAGGCUGCUGGUUUGGAUGCUGGGAUGUUUGGUUUGGCCGAGCCUCUCCUUCCAGGGUUUUCAGGGUUGGAACCAAUGGAAGGGGUCACGUUCAGGUUGGACGGGCAGGGGGUUAUGGAUCCAGGAACGAACCAGGUUCCUUCGUUUGACUCUCAUGGUAGUGGCCAACUACAGUUUUCAGCAUUUGAUGAGAAACCGAUACAUUCUAUAACGGGAGCCGGCGAGACAUGGGAACAGAAUGUAGGUUUAAGGGGUCACGUGGAACGGAGGGAAGGUGGAAGGGAUGCGAUGGAGGAGACACGGCAGCAUUAUGGGCAGCAGAAGCGAGAGCAAGAAGAACGGGAGCAACAAAGGAAGCUGGAACAGGAGAGGGAGUUGGAGAAGCAGAGGGAGUUGGAGAAUCAGAAGCAGCAGAGGAAGUUGGAGCAGCAGAGGGAGCUGGAGAAACAGAGGCAACUGGAGCUUGAGAAACAGGAGAAGCAGAGGAAGUUGGAUGAGCAGAGGGAGCUUGAGAAACAGAGGCAGCGGGAGUUGGAGAAACAGCGGCUGGAGAGACAGGAGCAGCAGAGGGAGCUAGAGAGACAAAGGCUGAAGGAUUUGGAGACACAGCGGCAAUUGGAACUGGAGAAAAGGCAGCUGCAGAGGAAGCUGGAGCAGCAGAGGGAGCUGGAGCGGCAGAGGGUGUUGGUGGAAGAGAGGCAGAAGGAGUUGGAGAAUCAGAGGCAGAAGGAGUUGGAGAAACAGAGGCAGUUGGAGUUGGAGAAACAGGAGCAGCAAAGGAAGCUGGAGCAGCAGAGGGACAUGGAGCAACAGAGGGUGUUGGAGGAACAGCGGCAGAGGGAGUUGGAGAAACAGCGGCAGAGGGAGUUGGAGAAACAAGAGCAGCAGAGGAAGCUGGAGCAGCAAAGGGUGUUGGAGGAACAGAGGCAAAGGGAGUUGGAGAAACAGCGGCAAUUGGAGAUUGAGAAACAGGAGCAGCAGAGGAAACUGGAGCAGCAGCGAGUGUUGGAGGAACAGAGGCGAAGGGAGUUGGAAAAUCAGGAGCAGGAGAGGAAGCUGGAGCAGCAGAGGGAGCUGGAGAAGCGGAGGCAGAGGGAGUUAGAGAAACAACGGCAAAUGGAGCUGGGGAAGCAGGAACAGAUGAGAAAGCUGGAGCAGCAGAGGGAGCUAGAGAAACAGAGGCAGAGGGAGCUGGAGAGACAGCAGCAACUGGAGCUGGAGAAACAGGAGCAAGAGAGGAAGCUGGAGCAGCAAAUGCAGUUGGAGAAACAGAGGCUGCGGGAGUUGGAGCAGCAGAGGGAGCUAGAGAAACAAAGGCAGAGGGAAUUGGAGAGACAGCAGCAAUUGGAGCUGGAGAUACAGGAGCAGGAGAGGAAGCUGGAGCAGCAAAAGCAGUUGGAGGAACAGAGGCAGAGGGAGAUGGAGCAGCAGAGAGAGCUAGAGAAACAAAGGCAGAAGGAGUUGGAGAAACAGCAGCAUUUGGAACUGGAAAAACAGGAACAGCGGCGAAAGCAGGAGCAACAGAUGGAGCUUGAGAAACAGGAGGAGCAGAGGGAUUCAGAAAAUCAAAGUAAAGAGGUGCUUGAGGUGAGAGCGGAAGAGGGGUUUGAUAAAGCGGUGAGAGAAGAGAAAGCUACUGACUUGGGAAGGGAGGAGUAUGGUGGGGAUGAGGAGGAGUGCCCUGACGAGAGCAGUGAGCAUGGGGAGGGUAAGGCGAAGAUGAAGCUUCUGACUGCUCUUGACAAGGAACAACCGGUGCCACUGUCUCGGCAGGAAGAAACGGAGGAAGCAAACGCGAAGGGAGCUGGGAAGGGGUUUACGCAUGAGGAGAAGAAGGUUGGGGUUAUGUCUGGUACACUGCAGCGUCCAGAGGAGGAGGAACAGGUGGAAGAAGAGGAAGAGGAGGAGGAAGAGGAGGAAGAAGAGGAGGAAGAGGAGGAGGAUGAUAUUGAGGACUGGGUGUGUGGCACGGAAAAUAGGUAUCGGAGAUUGAGUGCAGAUGAGAAGAAGUGGAAGCAGCAGCAGGGUAGGGAUGGCGAGAGUGGGGCAAGGAGGGGCAAGAGAGAGGCGGUUCGGGGCGAGGAAGGAGAGGGGAGGAGGAAGAAGACUAAGAGAAGGAAGCUGGCGGACUGGUUGCCAACGCAGAUAGUGACGGGUGGGGAGCAGGAGAGGGGAAAGGUAGAUGAGGGUGGUAGUGACGCGCGUCAGCCUAGCAACGUGGAAGUGGGAGAGCAGUCUGCUGGUGAGGUGCGUGGAGCACACCAGGGUGAAGCCGCCCUGAGGGACGAAGGACACGAGAUGCACAAACAGGCAGAAGAGGUAGCAGAGAAUGCUGCUGGGGCGUUGGAGUCAGCUGCUGAGGAGCACAAGGUCAGGGAGGUGGGAGAGUUUUCAGAUUCUGCUUUUGCGGCUCCUCUGAAGGAGCAGGGGGACGUGGUAGAGGAGUGUGCUGCUGAGAAGCACGAGGAGUCACUUUUUGAGGAGCAUAAGGAGGGGCGGAUGGGAACAGUAGAGGCGGAUGCGAUCCAAACUUGUAAGGUGAGGCAAGACAAAGAGCAGGAGCAGAGGACACAAAAAUUCGGGGAGGAAGGGGAGAUGGAAAUUCAUGGCACACCUGCUGCUGGCGCUGCUGCUGCUGCUGCUGGUGCUGCUGCUGCUGGUGCUGCUGCUGCUGCUGCUGCUGCUGGUGCUGCUGCUGCUGCUGCUGCUGCUGCUGCUGGUGCUGCUGCUGAUGCUGCUGCUGCUGGUGGUGCUGCUGCUGGUGCUGCUGCUGCUGCGGAGGCAGACGGUGUUUCUGCAGCACAGUCUGCGGCAGCAGUGGACAAGAAGCGGAAGCACAGUGAAGCGUUUGUGGAGGCUGAUGAAGAAGCUGCUGCUGUUGACAAGUCCUGUGUUGCUCCCGAACUGUCUGCUGCUGUUUAUCCAUCUGCUGCCCCUGAACCCUCUGCUGCCCCUGAACCAUCUACUGCCCCUGAACCCUCUGCUGCCCCGGAGCCAUCUGCUUCCCCUGAGGCAUCUACUGUGCUUGAGAUGUCAUGUGGUGCUGGUGAUCCAUCUGUUGUUCGUGAGGCAUCUUCUCCUUUCGAACCCUCUGCUGCCCCUGAGCCAUCUGCUCCUGAGCCAUGUGCUGAGGACGAGGGCACUGAGGGAAGGGAGGAGAGUGAAAGGGAGGUUGGAGGGAUGGUAGGGAACGACAAGGAGAGGACGAGAGUGGGAGGCAGUGAAGUGAAGGUGAGGGAAGAGGAAAGGAGAGAGGAGGAGAGAAGAGAGGAGGAGAGAAGAGAGGAGGAGAGGGAGGAGGGAAAGGAAGAAGAGGGGAGAGAAGAGAAUGGGAGGGCAGAGGAAGGAAGAGAAUUGGAGGCGAGAACUGAGGAAGGGAGCCAAGAGGAGGGGAGGGAUGAGGAAGGGAGAGAAGAGGAGGGAGGUGAAGAGGAGGGGAGAGACGAGGGAAACGACGAGGAAGUGGGAGAAGAGGAGGAGAGAAGAAAUGAGGAGGUAAGAGAAGUGGAGUGGAGAGAGGAGGGAAGGGAACUGGUGCCGGGGGCGAGAGUGUACAGGAGAAAGGCUAAAGGGGAGAUGGGCAGGCUAGCCGGACGUGCCAGGAGGAGCAGAGAGGCAGACACAACGGGAGAGUGGGAGAGGAGGGAGAGGAGGGAGAGGAGGGUGGAGAUGGUGGGAAAGAGAGACCGUGAGGGGAGGGAGAAUGGACAGGAGAUGAAAGAAUCUGCAGCAGCAGCAGAAGCGCAAGCUCCCCCAGUAGUGGUGAGCACAGUCAAGCCGCCCUCAGCACAGCCUUCACCAGUACUACCUCCCCCUCUGGACGGACCUGCUGGUUUGUCUCUUGUCCUGGCCCUGUCUGCUCUGGAUGUGGUUCUGGGGAAGGGGCGGGCGGGGGGGGCGAGAGAACAGGGGGAGAAAGCCGGGAGGGGCAUUCAGGUGGGGGAUACUGGGCGGAGCGGGAGGAGUAGGAGGGGUGGGAGGAGUGGGAAGAAGGAGAAGGGGAGGAGGCAUGAGCGGGGUGGGGUGAAGGAGCAGGGAGCAAGAAGUGAACGGGCGGCACGGAGUAGGCGUGGAGGGAAAAGGAGGACGAGGGCGCAGGAGGAGGAGGAAGGGGAGGAGGACGACGAGGAGGAGGAAGAGGAGGAGGAGGAGGAGGAGGGGGAUGAGGAGGAGGGGGAUGAGGAGGAAGGGAAUGAGGAGAAGGAGAAGACUGCAGACGGGGAGGGGGGUGAAGUAGAGAAAUGUGCUGAAUCUGAGGGAGGGGGUGAGGUAGAGAAGGGGGUUGCAUCAGAGAAGGGGGUCGAAGCAAAGAAGGAAGGGAUUGAAGAAGAGGAGGAGGGGGGUGAGGCAGGAAAGGAGGCAGAAAAGGCAGAGGAGGAGGCUGUUAGUGACUUGGCUGAAAGGGGUGGGAUGGCCACUGCUAAACUGCCAGGAAACCACAUUACUGACGCUCAAAUGGCUGCUGGAGUUCCAGCGUCUGUGGAUUCUGCAAGGGAUACUGCGGACGAGACCAAGGAAGGAGGGAAAGGCAGCGGUGGUGAGGAGCGAGGGAAGGAGGAACGGGAUGUGGAGGGAGUUGUGGUUAGGGAUGGGAGUGAGGGGUGGGCUGAGGGGCGUGGCGAGGAGGAGGGUCCUAAGGAUGCAGCAGGGGUGGACGAGGUGCAAGAGGAGGGGGUGAAAGAGGUGGUGCCAGAGGAAGGGGUGGAAGAGAAAGAUGUGAAAGAGGAGGAGGUGAAAGAGGAGGAGGUGGAGGAGGAGGAGGUGGAGGAGGAGAAAAAGGAGGUACAAGAGGAGGUGGAAAAGGAGUUGGAGGAGAAACAGGUGCAAGAGGAGGAGGCUGUAGAGGAGGUGAAAGAGGAGCAGGAGGAGGUGCAAGAGUGGGAGCAUGGAAGGAAGAAGAGAAGGAUAAGGCACAGGGGGAGAGGUGUGGAGGAGGAGAGAGGAGAGAAGAAUGAGGCAGAGGAAGAGGAAGUGGGAGAUAAAAGGGAAGAAAGGGACGGGGACGAGGAAGGGAAACAGGAAGGUGAUGUGGAAGAGAAAGCGGAAGAAAAUAGGGAAGGGGAAGAGAAAGAACAAGAGGAAGAGAAAGAGGAAGUUAAAGGGGAAAUGGGAGAGGAAGAGUCGAGGAGGGAAACUGCCAUUGAGGAGACUCGAGUGACCGAGGGAGAUAAGGCAGGAGUGGGCGAAGGGAGAGUUGUCAGUGAGGGCAUGGCUGGGAAGGGAUCGGGUAGUGCAAAGGUGGAUAGUGAGGUGGAUAUGACGGUGGGUGGAAAGGUGGGUGGAGAUGCGGUAGAGGUAGAGGCAGGUUUAGAGGAGACUGGUGAGGAAGCGGAUGUUGUGGGAGUGGGAGCAGACGAAGUGGGAGCAGGGGUGGAGGAGGAGGUUGGGUUGCAAGAUGCAAUAACAGAGGCAGUAGAGUUGGCUGGGGAAGAAACGGCACAAGGGGAAGGUGAGGAAGCGGAUGUUGUUGAAGUGCAGACAGAGGGAGUGGGAGCAGGGGUGGAGGAGGAGGCUGGGUUGCAAGACGCAAGAAGAGAGGCAGUGAAUGUGGCAGGACUGGGAGAGGAAGGAACGGCACAAGGGGCAGGUGAGGAAGCAGAUGUGGUGGAAGUAAAGACAGAGGGGCCGGAAUCUGGGGUGCAGGAACGUGAGCUGUGGGAAUCGAGAAGAGAAGCAGAACCAUCAGGAGAGCCAUCAGCAGGUUCAGGUGAAGAAGAAGCAGCGGGAGGGGCGGGCGAAGGGGAAGCAGCGGGAGGGGCGGGUGAAGAAGAAGCAGCGGGAGGGGCAAGUGAAAGAGAUGCAGCGGGAGGGGCAGAUGAAAUAGAUGGAGCAGGAGAGGCAGAUGAGGAAGCCGACGUGGUGGAGGUGCGUUCGGAGGGAAGAGAGGCAAGAGAGGCGCAAGGUGGGGAGGUGGCCUUGACUGAAGCAGUGAUGGCGGAACAAGGGGCGGGAUCGGGAGAGGCAGAGGUGCAGGAAUUGGGGCUGGAGUCUACAGACGCAAUGAGAGGAGCAGCUGAGUCGGGUGAAGAGGUUGCAGAGGAAGAGAGAUGCGGGGAUGCUGAUGUGGUGGAAGUGCGUUUGAAGGGAAGAGAGGGUGAGGGAGGGGAGGUGGACAUGACUAUGAAGGGGGCAGCUGAGUCGGGUGAAGAGGUUGCAGAGGAAGUGAGAGGCGGGGAUGCUGAUGUGGUGGAAGUGCGUGAAAAAACUGAGAGAGAUGAGGGGAUGGAAUCACAAGAAGCAGAUGGGCAGGAGGUGGAAGCAGGGUCAACAGAAGCAGAGGCUGCAGCAGCAGCAGCAGCAGCAGGAGAGGCAAUAGCAGAAGGGGCAGAAAGAGCAGGCGAUGGGGGUGGGGCAGUAGCAGAGAGAGCGGGGAAGAGGAGGAGAAUUCGGCCCUUGAUGAGGCGAGUACAGUCUGUCACAGAUGCUGCUGCUACAGCAGUGCAGGCAGGGCCUAAGGGUGUGGCUGCUGCUGCUAGGGAUAUGCACGUGGCCCCACAGGCUGUGGGUGCUGCUGAAUCUCAAUCUGAUGGGGGUGAUGGUACUGUGGAUCGUGGUGCUCGUGAUUUGUCCAGUGAUGGUGGGCACGUGGCAAGAGAUUCUUCUCCCCCUCGUCAUGGUCAUAAAGCGCAUGCUUCGACCGAUGAUAUGGAUGGUGAUGGUGGUGAUGGUGGUGAUGGUGGUGCUGGUGGUGCUGGUGGUGCUGGUGGUGCUGGUGGUGCUGGUGGUGCUGGUGGUACUGGUGGUACUGGUGGUACUGGUGGUGCUGGUGGUACUGGUGGUACUGGUGGUACUGGUGGUGCUGGUGGUACUGGUGGUGCUGGUGGUACUGGUGGUACUGGUGGUACUGGUGGUGCUGGUGGUACUGGUGGUGCUGAACCAAAACCUGAACCAGGCACGCCCAUGCAUCUCUCCCCGAGGCUAAAGCCGCUGCUAUUCUGCCUGGGGAGCUUCGAAGCAGGCGACAUAGUGUGGGCCAAGUCAGGGCGCAAGAAAGACCCCUGGUGGCCGGCCCAGGUGGUAGACCCGAUUUACGAUGCCCCUGCUGCUGUCAGGAGCGCCGCUGAAGCCGACCGGCUGUGUGUCAUGUUCUUUGGGCCAUCGCUUAGCAAAAAACGCGACCGGGACUACUCGUGGGUGCCUGAGGGGAGCAUUGUGCCGUUUUUGGACUUUUUAGUUAAGUAUGAGAAUCAGCCGCUGACUGCAAGGAAUAGGCCGAAGGAGUUUCGGAAGGCUGUGGAGGAGGCAGUGUUGGAGAGUGAAGGAAUGGUGGGGUAUGAGGAGAUGGAGGGAGGCGGGGGAGAGGGAGGAGAAGAGGGAGAGGGAGAGGAAGGGAGAGGUGGGGGGAUGGGGGAUGGUGAGGAGGAUUGGCAGGAGAGGGAUAAGUUUGGCACAAGUGCUGCCGCUGCUGCUGAUGGUGCUGCUGCUGCUGCUGGUGCGGCUACUGCUGCUGUUCCCCUUGCUGGUGCUGCUCCUGGUAGCCGGAAAGGGGGCGGGCGGUCAGGUGGGUUGGUGGGGGCAGCGAAGGGAGGGGCAACCGCAGCUGAGUUAGCAGGUGCAGCAGCAGGAGCGGGAGAGUGCAUGAUGUGUGUGGGAUGCCGGGGCAAAGCAGGUCAGGGUGUCAAGAGAGGUGGUAGGUCUGCCACUGGUGCAGCAGCAGACAGUGCCGCUGCUGACAGCGAUGGGGACAGUGCUCAUGACAGUGCUGGUGCUGCCUGUGCGGGUGCCCAUACCACUGGCACACGUGCUGCUGGUGGCUCUGCUGCUCGUGCCAAUGCUGGUGCGGCAGGUGACACGCUAGAAGAAAGAGCAGGCAGCAGCUACGCCCACAGGCUAGUAGACGAAUUACUGGACUCAGUCCCGCUCUGCAUCCAGUGCCGAAAGCUCUUCCAAUCGCACCAGUUCUGCCCACUCUGCCUUCUCGUGUGGUUACCCAACGAGAAGGGAGAUUUCGCCCACUGCGACUGCUGCCAGCUGUGGGUCCACGCGGAGUGCGACGGGAUCUCUAGGCAGCGGUUGAGUGCGAUUAAGAACGAUGCGGUGUAUUUGUGCCCGAAUUGCCGGCAGGCUAAGGCGGUGGAGGAGAGGGAGAAGAGGGAGAGGAGGGAGAGGAGGGGGAGGGAGAAGAAGGAGAGGGAGCAGAGGGAGGAGAGGGAGAGGAAGGAGCGGGAGGAGAGGGAGAAGAGGGCUAAGGAGGCGGCGCAGGCUGCUGCUCAGGCCACUGCUUCUGCCGCUGCUGCUCGGUUGAAGGAGGAGGGGAGAGAUGGUGAGAGGGAGCCAUGGGGACGGUCUGGGAUGGAGGUGAUAACAGGGAUUGGGAGGGAGUUCAGCCUGGGUGGUGCGCACUUGCGGAUCGACGAGGUGAAACGGGAGGGGUUGCUUGUUUGUCGCCUCGACAGGGAUAGGAGUGGGGAUCGGGAUCAGAAUGGGGAUGAGGAUGAGGAAGAUGAGAAUAGGGAUGAGGGUGAGGGUGGGGGUGGGGAUGGGUCAGAUGAUGGUGGUAGGCAGGGGCAGAAAGGAGGAGGUGGUAGAGGUAGAGUGAAGGAAGAAUGGGAUGAAGAGUCGGUGGAGAAGAAGGGAGACGCGGAUGGGAAUGGAUUCUUGGCCACUAAGGAGGCACCUCACAGAGCUGAUUCCCCACAAUCUGAUUCACCUGAGGAUUCACCUGAAGAUUCACCUGGUACUCCAUCCUCCUCACCUGAGGCAGAAGCGGAAGGGGACAACAAGAUAGCAGCGGCUCCACCCAUACCUGUAGCCCACCCGCCAGUCCCCGUCACAUGCGCGUCCUACAAGGGCGUCUACCUCCCUUCGCGUCACCUCGUGCAGUGCUGCUGCCGCUCCUGCCGACCCAAGGCCAAGGGCGGCAGCAGCAAGAGCAGCGCCGUUAGCACUGCUGCUGCGGCGGCGGCUGGUGGGGGGGAGGUUGACAGUGGGAGAGCGGGGGGAGCAGGGGGAGCGCUGAUGGCGCUGAGUGAGUUUGAGAAGCAUGCGCAGUGCCGGUCCAAGAAGUGGAAAUCGUCUGUGUUGCUGCAGGGCGCUGAGAAAAAAACCACCCUCUUUGCCUGGCUCCAGGCAUCUCACGAGGCGGGCGUGAGAGGCCUCUUGUUCUACGAGGACCCUCCACCCCGCAGCCGCCCGGGGAACCGGCAGCAGGGAAUCAUAUCCACACUGCGCAGUGCGGGCGGCAGCAGCGCGGUCGCAGGUGCAAUCGGAGGAGUGGGAAUGGGUGCAAUCAGAGGCAGAGCCGGUGCAAAGGCCUUAACGGAUCCGCGGGGAGGGGUGGCGUGGCUGGAAAAGGCUUUAAGUGAGCCGUACGAGGGGGUAGAAUACAAAUGGACGUCGGAGCGGUGUGCUGUGUGCAACAGUGAUGAAGACUCGGAUGCGAGUCGCAUGCUCGUGUGUGUCAAGUGCGAGAUGGGCGUGCAUGAGGAGUGUUAUGGGAUCGAACCCUUCCCGGGGUCGCCAGGUAGAGCCGCUGGUGCUGCUGGUGCCGGUGGUGCUGGUGCAGGUGGUGGUGGUGCUGACACGGAUGCUGGUGGUGCUGCUGCAGGAAAACCAUCGCUUUCCUCUGCUGCGUUUGGCAUGUCGUGGCUCUGCCGCUGCUGCGCCCGCUCCUCGAACCCCACCUCUGAUCCCAGCAAUACCAGCAACCACAUGGUUGCUAGUGGGAAGGCAGAGGCUGACACAGAUCCACUCACAGCAGCGGGCGGCAAAGGCAAGGCCAAGGGCAAGAGCAAGGGCAAGGGAAAAGGCUCUGAUACCAUGGCGCUAGUGAGUUCGGGUAACACAGGAGUGGGAGGGGGAUCCGUUGCAGGGUUGAGCAGAGGAAGAGGCUUGGGCACAGGAGAAACCAGAGCAGGGGCGGAAGAGCAGGGGAUGGAGGAGGAGGAGGCGGAGAUUCGGAGGGAGUGCUGUCUAUGUCCUGGCGAGGGAGAGGUGCUGGACGGCAUUCAGCUCGUGGAUCCAGAGCGGUUCAAGCUGGCGUGCUGCAUCUGCCGCCAGCCAUACGGCGCGUGCAUUCAGUGCGACGGGCCGCGGUGCCUGGUGGCAUACCACGUGGUAUGUGCGAUGAAGGCGGGGUGGAUCAUGGAUGUGGUUCCUGAUGACACGGGCCAGCUGCUGCGCUGCACCUUCUGCCCCAAACACAGGGAUCCGAAUCCUGACCUUGCUGUGAUUGGCCCUGCUGCCCUUGCGGCCGGCAAGAGGCUGAUUGAGCGAGGGGGGAGGCUGAGGAAACGCACUGGCAUCACUGGGUUUCCUGCCAUAGGCGCGGGCACUCUCAAGAGUGACUCCCUCAAACCGGAUGGGGAGAAGGACAGAGAGGGGAAAGAGAGCAGGGAUGGCAAGGAUGGGAGGGAGGGGAGAAAGGAGGGAGAGGGGAAGAGAGGGGGUGUGGAGAAGGGGAAAGGGAGGGGGAGGGAGGGUGAGUUGGAGGGCGAGGAAUGGGGCGAGGAGGAGAGGGGUGAGAAGGUCAAGAGGCGGAAGGGGAGUGGAAAGAUGAAGGGAUCAAGAUGUGGUGAUGGUGCUGUGGGAGUUAAAGAUGGUGGUGAGAAUGGUGUUGGUUCGAACGCGAGUAGUGAUGUGAUUCUAAUGGGUGAGGAGGAGGGAGACGGAGACGAGGAGGAGGUGAGAGUGGGGGAUGGUAGUGGUGGAGAAGUGAGAGGAGGGGUGGAGGGUGGGGAAGAAACGCGAGGGGACCAGGAUAGUGAAGAGGCAAGAAGUGGCGAGGGUGGAGAUGGGUUGAGAGUGGGACAGAGUGGUGGUGAGGUGUCAAGGGAAGAGCUUGGUGGAACCUCGGGCAAGAAUCAAGGAGGGAGGAAAACAGACCGAGGGGAGGGUGCUGAUGGUGUUGAAGCUAAGGAGGAGCAAGGGAAGGAGGGGGGGCAGGAGGGGGAGGAGGAAGAAGAGGACGAGGGGUCUGAGAGCGAUGUGAUGCUGCUUCCCAGUCCUCAAUCAUCUGAAGAUGACACUCAUGCAGGGGCGAGAGAGGCUGGGCCUCCAGGAGAGCGGGCGGGGACAGCAGCAGCAGCAGGAGGAGGAGGAAGAGGAGGAGGAUGUGGGGAUGAAAUGGAGGGUGUGCUGUCGCGCUGCCAGCCGUACCAAGGGCGGAACAGCCGGAUGCGAUGGUGGGGAGGAGAGGAGAGGGCGGAGGAAUGUGCAGAGAGCGUGGGACUCGUGAAAAUAGAUGGCACAGCGGAUGGCGGUGUAGAGGGGAGGAGGGAGGAGGGGAUGGAGAGGAGGGGGGAAGAGGGGGAGACGCCAGAGGAACCACCUGUGGCCACGUCUAGAGCCGAGCGCAUGAAAGUUGUGCGGGCGACGGCAUGGCAGAGAGUCACGUUUGGGCGGUCGGCCAUCCAUGACUGGGGGCUGGUGGCCAGGCGACACAUAGAGGAGGGCGAGAUGGUGGUGGACUAUCGAGGGGAGGCGCUGAGGCGGAGUGUAGCAGAGCUGAGGGAGAAGCGAUACCGAGACAGAGGGGAGCUGUGCUAUCUGUUCAAGGUGGACGAGGAACGAGUGGUUGAUGCCACCAUGGCCAGCAACUACGCCAGAAUGAUGAACCACUCCUGCAACCCCAACUGCUUUGCCAAGAUCUUUGACGUUGAGGACAAGAAUGGCCACCCGAGCGCGAUCAUCGUCAUCAUUGCUCGCCGCCCAAUUCGCAUGGGAGAGGAGCUAACCUACGGCUACCAUUUUGACCGGGAGGAGAAGGACCGAGUGCCGUGCCGCUGCUGUGCCGCCCAGGUGACUUGUAAGUGGACUCAAAAGACACUUUUCCCUUACGCCCUUCCCCCUCCCCUCCCCCCAUGCAGGUACGACUAUCGGUUUGACCGGGAAGAGAAGGACCGAGUGCCGUGCCGCUGUGGUGCCGCCACCUGUCGCUCCUUCAUGAACUGA